AUUAUCAAACACAUAUGAUAUAAAAGAAAAUGUGAGUUACAAUUCAGAAAAUUCUCAAAACACAUCAGAUAUAAUUAAUUUCAAUAGUUUAGAAGUAUCCUAUAAUGAUGAUAAAAAUAAUGUGUUGAUGUUGAGCUUGACAGAUGAUAUUUCAGAAUACCAAACUUUAGACUCAUUAAAAAAUUCACCUAUGGUAAUCGCCGAUUCUGAAAUUUUACCAUUAUCAAAUGACAUAUACAAUAUUCCUGAAUAUGCUCAAGAUAUACUUUUAUACCUCAAAGAAUUGGAGAGUUUGCACAAACCGCGACCUACUUACAUGACCAAACAACCCGACAUAACAUAUAUGAUGAGGGCUACAGUGGUCGAUUGGCUCGUAGAGGUGUCCGUUGAGUACAAAUUGCUGGAUAAGACACUCUUCUUGGCUUGUUCCUACAUCGACCGUUUCUUAUCCAUCAUGGCCAUCUCGCGCAACAAACUCCAGCUGUUGGGCACAACCUCGAUGUUUAUCGCAGCCAAAUUCGAGGAAAUUUACCCUCCCGACAUUAACGAGUUUGUUUACAUAACUGACGGCACUUAUAGUAAAGAACAGGUAGUCAGGAUGGAGCAAUUGAUCCUCAAAAUCCUUUCCUUCCGUGUUGGUCCUCCUACAGUCAUCUGCUUUCUCGAAAAAUUCUGCAAGCUAGCUGGCCUGCCUAAAACGGUUCAAAAUCUGGCCAAAUAUUUAUCAGAGCUCACGCUUUUGGAUGGGGAAGUCUAUCUCAAAUACGAGCCUAGUAUUAUUGCAUCAUCCGCUAUUUGUUUAAGUAACAUGACUUUUCAAAGAGAACCAUGGGGAAUGUCGUUACAAAAAUACUCAGGAUACGCGUAUACUCAUUUUUUAUCGUGCCUCAAAGAUAUAUAUCACACAAUGUGUGCCGCUCAACAAAAUCAGCAACACAAAGCCAUAUGCCAAAAAUUCAUGUCUAAUAAGUACGAGGAAGUGUCCAAAAUUCUCCCUCCUCCCCCUUACAAUUUACUCGUUAAAGAUUAAUUCGAUCUCUUCAACUCACUCAUCAAUCCAUUUUAUUUCAAGUCGAUGAAAGUUUUUGUUAUCA